AAGAAAAGAAAAAUUCCAAACACGAAAAGCAAACAAGAAAAUUUGAGAGAGGGGGUCGGUUCAAUUUAUCUAAGAAUGAAAUGAAGAGGUGAGUGAGUGAGUGAGUGAGAGAAGUGAAAAUGGAUUUGGAAUCAGUGAAGAAGUACCUGGAGAAAGGAGGAGAAACAGCAUCGAUGGUUGAUCAAUUGCCUCCGAGGUUUCUAGAACCCUUAAUAAUGAAUUCCCUUCGGGUCGAUAGAAUCGAGCCUGGGCGCGUCGUUUGUUCCAUGAAGAUACCUCCACGUUUACUCAAUUCCGGGAACUCGUUACAUGGUGGUGCCACCGCUGCGCUGGUGGACGUGGUGGGUUCCGCUGCUAUUCCCACCGUUGGAUAUUCAGCUGCCAAUACGGGGGUUUCCGUUGAGAUUAAUGUUUCUUACUUAGAUGCUGCCUACGCCGAUGAGGAGAUAGAGAUUGAGGCCAGGGUUCUGCGUGUGGGGAAGGCUGUUGCUGUUAUCAGUGUGGAGUUCAGAAAGAAAAAGACUGGCAAAGUUUUUGCCCAGGGGCGUCAUACCAAAUUUCUUUCUUUUACUAGUAAAAUGUGAAAGGCACUGAAGGGGUUCUAUGUUGGGUCACCUUUGUAUCUGGCAUAUAUAUAUAUAUAUAUAGAUUUUCCUUCUUAUUAAGUUUUCAGCAUCUCCAGCAGUUUCUACAUGUGGCAUGUUACCUUGAAUUUUCUGUACAAAUUCUUAUUCAUGUACAGGGGCAGCUGCUCCUUAUUGUUAAGUGAAGAGGCCAUGUUUUCUAGUUCCCCAUAAUUGUCCUCUACU